AUGAAGUCAGAACUGGAUUUGCCUAUCCAUAGCAAGGGUUCGAGAACUAAAAGGAGCCCUUGGUUGUUCAGGGUAGCCAUGUUGUGCAUCGUAGUUGCUCCUUCCGUCAUUUCGCUACUUUCAGGUACAUAUUCAUCUCCUGAAGUCAAGAUCAAGCUCUCGGCCAUCAAAUCUUCUUUUGGAAUAUUUGGAGAUAACGAUAAAAAUCCUGACUCCCUUUGUCCUAUUGUCGAUAAGGUCGACCCGAAGGAUUUCAUCUAUGAGAGUGACACCUUAGAUAAGAUCCUCCACGAUGAAGGUUUCCGGAACGCCUCAAUGGAGAAGUUGCUUGAGUCUGUUAGGUAUCCUACGCAGAUCUACGAUGACAUGAUAAAUCCCAAUUCGGCCGAAACACUUGAAGAGCUCUACAAAUUGGAACCCAGAUGGAAGGAGAUGGAGAAGUUUCAUGGAUAUUUGAAGGAAGCCUUCCCUUUGGUGCAUAAGCACUUAAAAUUGGAGAAGGUCAAUAAGUUUGCUUUAGUUUACACGUGGGAAGGCAGUGACUCCAGCAAGAAACCUAUUUUGUUGACUGCUCAUUAUGAUGUUGUGCCAGUCCAGGAAGAGACACUCGACCAGUGGAAGUAUCCACCAUUCACGGGAGGUUUUGAUGGAAAAUACCUCUACGGACGUGGAGUUUCCGACUGCAAGGACUUGCUUAUUGGGCUCAUGGAGACCAUCGAGCUUUUGCUCACUGAAGGAAAGUUCGACCCUAAGAGGACAAUAAUCUUGGGUUUUGGCUACGAUGAGGAAGCUCUGGGAACGGGUGCAUUUGAAAUUUCGAAGCAUCUUAUUUCGAAAUAUGGCCCAGACUCUUUAUUCCAGAUCAUUGACGAAGGAGACUCGGGUAUUACAGAGUACGAAGGUAACAAGUACAUUUUGCCUGCUACAGGCGAGAAGGGUCACUUGGACUCUGUCAUUGAACUUUACACCCCUGGAGGACAUUCAUCCAUUCCGCCAGCACACACUUCAAUUGGACUUUUGUCCAAGUUGAUUAGUGAAAUCGAAGAUAAGGAAUUUGAGAGUAUUAUCUCCAACAGCAACCCGGUCUUGAACCAAUUGCAAUGUGUGGCUGAACACUCCAAAACGGUUGACGCAGAGCUCAAAAAGAACAUUCUUAAGGCACACUUGGACAUCAAUGCUAACUCGAAGCUUUUGGACUUUUUGACCAAAGAUCUCGAGUCGAAGUACUUAGUUACUACUUCUCAGGCAGUGGAUAUUAUCCAUGGAGGAGUCAAGUCCAAUGCUUUGCCUGAGCAUGUUUCUGUACUUAUAAAUCAUAGAAUUGCCAUCGAAGAGUCCGUUGCUUCUACUGGGCAGAAGGUUGUGGAUCAGAUUGUUGAUUUUGCCAAGAGAUACGACUUGGGUGUGGUUUAUGAUGGAGAUGUGCUCAUCGAGAAAACCGAAAAGGGCUACUUCAACUAUUCGUUGGUGGAGCCUUUGGAGCCUGCACCUGUGACUCCUAUGGGUGACGAAAUCUGGAACGUCUAUGGCGGUUCGUUGCGUUACUUGUACGAGGAUUUGGUUUUCCCAGACUCGAAAGAGACAUAUAUCUUUGCACCAUACAUCAGCACUGGAAAUACCGACACCAAAUCAUACUGGGAUUUGACUAGAAAUAUCUUCCGUUAUGCUCCCGGCCUCGAGACUCCUCAUGGGAACAUCCACUCCAUUAAUGAGAGAUUGAACUUUGAGGGUCAUCCACUCAUCAUUGCUUUCUACUACUAUUACUUGCAAAUUGUUGACCAGCUUGCAGAUCCUGUCAAUUGA